CGCAGCGCGGCGGCGAUGGGCGGCGGAGCACGGGAGCUGGCGGGGUACCUGGCCGCGUUGGGCGGGUGGGUGGCGGCUCUGGCCGCCGCGGCUCUGCCCCAGUGGAGACAGAGCUCGUACGCCGGAGACGCCAUCAUCACGGCGGUGGGGCUGCACGAAGGGCUGUGGAUGAGCUGCGCCGCGCAGAGCACCGGGCAGGUGCAGUGCCGCCUGCACGACUCGCUGCUCUCCCUCGACGUUCACAUCCAGACCUCCCGGGCUCUCAUGGUUAUUUCUCUCCUCCUGGGUUUCUUCGGCAUCAUCGUGAGCGUCGUGGGCAUGAAAUGCACCAAGGUUGGUGAGGAGGAUCCCAUCACCAAGAGCCGCAUCGCUGUUGCUGGAGGUGUCCUCUUCAUCCUCUGCGGUCUGUGCACGUUAGCGGCCGUCUCCUUGUACGCCACGCAGGUCACCUACGAGUUCUUCAGUGCCAGCACUCCGAUCAACGCCAGGUACGAGUUUGGCUCGGCGCUGUUUGUCGGCUGGGGGGCUGCCAGCCUCACCGUGCUGGGGGGCUCCCUGCUCUGCUGCUCCUGCCCUGCCAAGGAGCGCCAAGGACAGCAGUACUACCGACAGUCGCAGCCCUCCACAGCCCGGGAGACCGGUGAAGGCUUUUAGGCUCAGCUGUGCUAACUGCCACCACCUCUGUGUCCACGCCGCGGCUGUUACUAACACACCAGCGCUCCAUUCCUCCCGUAGAUCCUCGGAAGGCCUGGUGCUGCCAUCUGUCUGUCUGCUCUACGUGGUAUGCCAGCUAAACCGCAGGAAACGGCGCAGUGGAAAUGAUCCAAAGAGCCUGGCUUGGUGGUUUUGCCCUUUUUUUUUUAAUUACUUUAUAAAUCCCCACAUCGCUGAUUUCUCCCUGCUUUUUUUUUAUGGUCUGCUUUACGCCCGCGUGCCGCUCUUGUUCCUGGCUAAACGUGGCCGGUUGUCCCAAAAUUAACAGUCGGGGCAGCACCUCCCCAUGCAGGAGGGAAGCAGAACGGUCCCUGCACUGGGGGUUGGCUUCCGUGAGGCAGGAAGGACUAACAGCCAUCUCUCUCUUUUGCAUUGCAGACCCCAUGUAAAAAUUUCGUCAGCCAUCAGGGGAGAGCAGUGCUUGUAGUGUCUGCACCGUUGGGGAGACUGGUGCUUGCUUUCCCCUCAAAACACACCCCAAAGCCACUGCAGUGAGGAUUGGGAAGGAAAAUCGUGCUUAAAAAUAGUUGUAUCUGAAGUGUGUUUUCAUAUACAGAGUGCAGCAUUGUGUAGAAGAAUGUUUUUAUUCCUUGAAGGUAAACCUGCAUUAACUUCUCUGUGCGACGCACACCGCGGGAGCAGCGCUGUUUGGGAUUCCUAUUUGUGGUGGGGUUUUUCAGAUUGUUUGUACUAAAAGUUGUAUUAAAAUAUUUCUGACUA